AUGGCGGAGGCGGACAAAAUUCAAGUGUACGUUCCGAAUGAACACCAUCAAAGUGACUAUUGGCAGAAAACGGGGAGUCUUCCUAGAAAACCAAGGUCGAAAAAUAUAGACAUUAAAACGCUUAAAAGGGAUCUUAAAAAACUUCGGGAAUUCACCGACAUCGAACAAAAAAGUAUUGAAGAUCAAGAUAAAGAAAUUUUAGAGAGAUUAAAAAGCAUUGGCAAACAAGAGGCAAUCAUUGCAAAGAAAGAGAAAACCAUUGUGGAUAAAGAAAACUUUAUUGGAGAUGAAGUAAAAAUCAUCGAAGCGCAUGAAAGAAAACCUGAAAACCAAGAAGAGAAUAUUGAGGAGCAAGAGCGAAACAUUGUCGACCAGGAGAAACGCGUUGACGAUCAAGAAAAAAAAGUUGAUCAUCAAGAAAUAAUCCUUAAUGAGCAUGAGAAAACAAUUGAAAAGAAAAAGGACAAUAUUGAUAAACAAUUAUUUUAUAUAAAAGAAAAAAGGAACACUGUUGUUGAAGUGUUGAAAUGCCUGAAGGAAGACAACGAUGAAAAUGAAUUAGCAAAAAGCCCAGAAGAACAAAAUGUCAUUAGAAUGAAAGAGAACAAAAAUCUUGAUGAAGAGAGAAGCCUAAGAUUUGAAAUUAAAGACAUCGAUAAGCAGGAAAAGAAACUCAAAGAGCAACAAUCUGUCAUUGAACAGCAAAAAAGAGAAAUUGAUAAACAAAAAAAAUAUAUUGCAAACAUAAGAUAUUUCAUCAUAUGUCAUAGGGAAAAUAUAGAAAAUCAACGAAAUGUUAUUGAAAGGGUGAAAAAACAUCGUUUGGGAUGGAAAUCCUAUACUAAAGUCAUCAAUAAGGUUGACAGGAUUGGAAUUCCAAAUCUUAUGAAUUUUGCAGUAGCAAUGAUGAUUCUUGCGGCUGUUUUGAUGACGUGGAGUAACUUACUAGAAAAAAACAGAACUUGUGAAAGAGAAGAAGCACUUACAUCACUCAAUAUAAAUGUUUCGUUUCCAUGUAAAUACCAGGAUGUCAGAGAAAAAUUGGAAAGCAUUACACAAAUAGGACUUGCGUCAUUGUGCUUUAGUAUCGUCUUUCUUUGUGUUGGUUUUGGUUUCAGGUUUAUGUCCCCCGGGGGUCCUUUAGUAUUCCGAUUAGUAUUUGUAGUCUUUAUUGCUCUUGAUGCAAUUACAUUUUCUUGUUUACUUCUGCCAAGAUAUGAAGCACUUGUUGGCUUUCAAGAAAAUCAAACAGAAACGGAUUAUGGAAAAUUAAAGCGAGUUAUGUUCGACUCACUGCAACAGACAUACAUCUCUGAUGAUAUCUCCAAUUUAAAUACUAUGUCAGAUAGAUGGAACCAUUUCUUUAUUAAGUAUGACUGUUGCGCUGUAAACGAGGUUACUGGAACAACCAACGACUUUGACACUACACCUUGGUGUACAACAUCUGGAUCUUGUCAACUUACUAAUUCACAGAUUCCGAAAUCCUGCUGCAAGGACACUAGCGAGGAUGAUUACCAAUAUGCCGAAACCAGUUGUCAUGCAAUUGUCCGCGUUGGAACUUAUAAAGAA